AUGGCUCCGAAGCGUGGUAGCACCAACAGCACCAAAGCUGCCCAAAAAGCUGCUGCCGACACCGGCCCUGAAACAAAUGUUGACAAGGAAGAUACCGCUCGCGACGCCCGUGAGGAUCGUGUCGAUGACUCCGAGGUGGAGGAAAUUGCAGCCCCCAAAUCCACCAAGAAGAAACCGACCGGCAAAAAAAAGGCCUGUACAAAGGUAUUUUACCCAUCGGCAGGUGAUUUCAGUAAACGGAUCUCUGCAGCCAAACUGAUUGAGGACAAGGAAGCAAUCUACGCGGAGUGGUUGAAGGACUUGCUGGAGGUCGGAAGUACAAACCCUGUAGGGUAUGCGGGGGGCAUCUUGACGCACAUUCACCGGGAAUUGACUGUGAAAAUGGAAACUCCAGAGCUCGAGCUUUUGCUUAAUUUCACGUUGAAAGCCCUCAAACACUCACGAUUCACGAAUAUAUCAUUGCAACACGCCACCAAUAAAAAUAUGCAGGCGAUUCCGGGUUUGCUUUUAAAGCAAAGAUAUACCGAUAUGUUGGAAGAAGCAAUCCGCUGCAUCUUGAAUAUUGGUACAGAAGAAGUCCGGGGGUUGGUAGAAGUGACCUUGUUGGACGCGGUACCAAAAAUUACUUCACGAGAAGUAUUUGAGGUGGUUUUGCCAAUUGUAUUAUCUGGCGAAAUUGAUUUGGCGCUGGACACCGCCGUCGCCCAGGUUCAGACCAUUUUGUCCAAAGCUAAGAGAUUCUACCAUUGGACGCUCUCGGACAUGUUGAAAUUUUUUGGCCAAAAUCUUGAUGAAUACAUCAAAGAGUGCAUAUUGAACACUGGCACUUCUUCGCUGCUGCAGACACCGCAAAACGAAGUCUCCCCUGACGAGUCGUCUGCGCAAGUACCGCGUGAGCAAUCCAACGACGGUAACGGUAACGGGGAACAACCGCCUGACCAAUCGUCCCACGGCCAACGGUUGACCCCGCCCCAACAGCGGUCCCCGCCAAACCUGCAGGGUAAGCUGGCUAAGACCCAGGCGAAUCGCUUGUCGCAAAAGCUGGCGUCAACUCCUGGUGCUCACGUCGUUGAACACCACAAUGACACCCCUCCUCCGCCGUCGCCAUCAAUGGAAGCUCUGCCGCUGACUGGAAUCCCGGAACUUCUUCGCAACGAACCCAUCUUGAGUGGCCCACAAUAUCAGCCUCGUAAAAGACGCCACCCGACCAACUUUGCCUCAAACAAGAAGCCUCAAAACAAGAAUCUGCGUUUGUCACCCGGUACGGUUCAAGCUGUUGCGUCUGGCUCACAUUCCCGGACUGUUGGUAGCCACCCACGUCUCGCUGAGCAGCCCCACAUCAGCGAGAUUCUUUCUGCCCUUAACGAUCGACCAUUCAAUUAUGUGACGAAUCAAACCAUCAAUAUAAACUAUUGUGUCCACGGCGAUUCGGGGAUAUUGGAGUCACGCUCUUCAACAAGCACGGUCGACAACCAGGAGUUGGUCAACCGCGGAAUUAAAGCCGAUGACGGCUAUGAAGACGCCGGCCACGAUGACGAAGGUGAUGACGACGGAUAUGUCAACGAAGGUGAUGACGACGAAUAUGUUAGCGGAGGUAAUGAUGACGAAUAUGUCAACGAAGGUGAUGACGACGAAUAUUAA